GGAGAGCGGCGGCGCCGGCGGCUGGGCGUGACUUUCCGCGCUCCCUUUAGCCUGCCUGCCUGCCGGGGGGAACCGCGAGUCAGUCAGGGAGCCGAGCUAAGCCGGGACUAACGGCGGCGCCGGGCGAAGAGCUCCGGGAUUAAGGGGGCACCCGGCACCCCACCCCGGGCACCGGGGGAGGCGAGCAGCGCGGGAGGCGCGGGGCGGCGGCCCCCGGGGCGAGGACAGCGGCGCGGCCGGAGAAAGGCGGGUAGCCCCCGGCCACUUCGCGCCCCUCUUUCCCUGCCCUUUAAAAGCGACGAGAGGGCGAGGAGGGGGAAAACAGCCCGUGGGGCACCAAGUGGGGGAGUCCGGCUCCCCCACUCCCCGCCUGCCCCACUGACUUGGAGGGGGGCGAGAGGGGCGCCUCCUACUUUGGCAAACACUUUGGCACUUUGCUGGAUCCGGAGCAGGAAGGGGUGGAAAUAUGGGGAAAGUUGGAACUUGCCUGGUUACUUUGGCCGGACUUUUGCUGGCGGCCGGAGCGCAGACGUUCACAGGAUGCUGUACUUUCGAUGAGCCUCUCAGUUCCUGUGGCUAUAGUCAGUCAGAUGAUGAUGAUCUUAACUGGGAUCAGGUGAAUGCACCGAUAAAGCCCUCCUCAGAUCAAGGGAUGCCAUCUGGUUCUUUCAUGUUGGUGAAUACAUCUGGGAGAUUUGCGGGACAGAAAGCUCACCUCCUGCUGCCCCAUCUGAAAGAAAAUGAUACGCAUUGUAUUGAUUUCCACUAUUACGUUUCAAGCAAGACUGGAUCUAGCCCUGGCACUUUGAAUAUAUAUGUGAAAGUUAAUGAUGGUCCUAUUGGUAACCCGAUAUGGAACACAUCUGUCACUGCUACUUGGAACAGAGCAGAACUGGCAAUUAGCACUUUCUGGCCCAGUUUUUAUCAGGUUGUUUUUGAAGUGGUCACUUCAGGUCACCCAGGAUAUGUGGCUAUUGAUGAAGUGAAAGUGUUAGGACAUCCAUGUACAAAAACUCCACAUUUCUUGCGUCUUCAGAGUGUGGAAGUCAAUGCAGGACAAUUUGCUACUUUUCAGUGUGCUGCCAAUGGUGGAACUGACUCAAAUGACAGACUCUGGCUACAGGGUAUUUAUGUAAGGGAUGCACCUUUGAAGGACAUAAAAGUGUCCAACUUUCGCCGAUUUGUAGCUCUUUUUAGUGUGGUAAAUGCCACGAAGCGGGAUGCUGGCAACUAUCGCUGCAUGAUUCGGACAGAAGGAGGAGUUGGUGUAUCAAACUAUGCAGAACUGAUAGUCAAAGAGCCGCCAGUGCCCAUUGCUCCACCUCAGCUGUCCUCAGUCGGUGCAACUUACCUGUGGAUACAGUUGAAUGCCAAUUCCAUCAAUGGGGAUGGACCCAUUAUUCAAAGGGAAGUUGAGUAUCGAACUUCAAGUGGAAGCUGGUAUGACAUACAACCUGUGGACUCCACAAGCUAUAAGAUUGGGCACCUGGAUCCUGACACAGAAUAUGAAAUCAGUGUAUUACUUACAAGACCUGGUGAAGGAGGAACCGGAUCUCCUGGCCCAGCUCUCAAAACAAGAACAAAAUGUGCUGAUCCAAUGCGUGGGCCACGAAAACUAGAGGUUGUGGAGAUCAAAUCUAGACAAAUCACUAUUUGCUGGGAACCAUUUGGAUAUAAUGUCACACGUUGCCAUCGAUACAACCUCACAGUCCAUUACCGUUACCAGGCUGGAGGACAAGAGCAAGUGAGAGAAGAAGUAAGCUGGGAUACAGAAAGUUCACAUCCCCAGCAUACAAUUACUAAUCUGUCACCGUACACAAAUGUCAGCAUCAAAUUAGUACUAAUGAAUCCCGAAGGACGAAAGGAAAGCCAGGAACUUGUAGUACAAACUGAUGAAGAUGUCCCCAGUGCUGUGCCACUUGAAUCCAUUCAAGGGAGUACUUUUGAAGAGAAGAUUUUUCUUCAAUGGAGAGAGCCAGCGCAAACAUAUGGUGUGAUUACUUUGUAUGAGAUCACCUACAAAGCAGUCAGUUCCUUUGACCCAGAAAUAGAUUUAUCCAAUCAAAGUGGAAGAGUCUCAAAGCUAGGAAAUGAAACACACUAUCUCUUUUUUGGACUGUAUCCUGGCACUACCUACUCUUUUACAAUCAGAGCCAGCACAGCUAAAGGCUUUGGACCUCCAAUCACAAAUCAGUUCACCACUAAAAUAUCAGCACCCUCUAUGCCACCAUAUGAACUUGAAACACCUUUGAAUCAAACUGACAGCACUGUGACAGUCUUGCUGAAACCUGCACAGAGCAGAGGCGCUCCUGUCAGUGUCUAUCAAAUAGUUGUUGAAGAAGAACGCCCACGGAGGACCAAAAAGACAACUGAAAUCCUGAAGUGCUACCCAGUGCCCAUUCAUUUCCAGAAUGCCUCGCUUUUGAAUUCCCAGUACUACUUUGCUGCAGAGUUUCCAGCCAAUGGUUUACAAGCUGCUCAGCCUUUUACUAUUGGUGAUAACAAAACCUACAGUGGUUUCUGGAACACUCCUCUUCUCCCUCAUAAGAGCUACAGCAUCUAUUUUCAAGCUGCUAGCAGAGCCAAUGGGGAAACCAAAAUCGACUGCGUCAGGGUAGCCACAAAAGCUGCGAUAAUCGUGACUCAGCUUACAACACCAUACAUUCGCAUCGCCCCUGCUGCAGGCGACGACCAACUAACAGGGGCUGCCACUCGAAAACCGGACCCAGAGCCUGAGAAGCAGACCGACCAUACUGUUAAGAUUGCUGGGGUCAUUGCGGGCAUCUUGCUGUUCGUCAUUAUAUUUCUGGGGGUUGUGCUGGUAAUGAAGAAAAGAAGAAGCUAUCACUCCUACACUUAUUACCUAAAAUUGGCUAAAAAGCGGAAAGAAACAUUGAGUAGUACGCGGCAGGAAAUGACAGUGAUGGUGAAUUCAAUGGAUAAAAGCUACACUGAGCAAGGCACCAACUGUGACGAAGCUUUCUCUUUCAUGGACACCCACAAUCUAAAUGGGAGAUCUGUAUCUUCACCAUCUUCAUUUACAAUGAAAACUAACACAUUGAGCACAACAGUGCCUAAUUCUUAUUACCCAGAUCCAUUUGUGCCAACUGCAAUUUUAGAUGAAACCCAUACGAUGGUCAGUGACACAAGCAGCCUGGUCCAGUCCCACACCUACAAGCGUGAUCCAGUGGAUGUGCCCUACCAGACUGGACAGCUUCAUCCAGCCAUCCGUGUAGCUGACUUGCUACAGCACAUCACCCAGAUGAAGUGUGCAGAAGGCUAUGGAUUCAAAGAGGAGUAUGAAAGUUUCUUUGAAGGACAGUCUGCACCGUGGGAUUCAGCUAAGAAAGAUGAGAACAGAAUGAAAAACAGAUAUGGGAAUAUCAUUGCAUAUGAUCAUUCUCGAGUGAGAUUGCAGCCCAUUGAAGGAGAAACAAGUUCUGAUUACAUCAAUGGAAAUUAUAUUGAUGGUUAUCAUAGACCAAAUCACUACAUUGCUACACAAGGACCAAUGCAGGAGACAAUAUAUGACUUUUGGAGAAUGGUAUGGCAUGAAAACACAGCCAGCAUAAUCAUGGUUACUAAUCUCGUAGAAGUGGGAAGGGUCAAAUGCUGCAAAUACUGGCCAGAUGACACAGAGAUAUAUAAAGAUAUUAAAGUUACCCUAAUAGAAACAGAGCUCCUGGCUGAAUAUGUGAUUCGAACGUUUGCAGUAGAAAAGAGAGGUGCUCAUGAGAUUCGAGAAAUUCGGCAGUUUCACUUCACUGGCUGGCCAGACCACGGUGUACCGUACCAUGCAACAGGCCUGCUGGGAUUUGUACGGCAGGUCAAGUCUAAGAGCCCACCAAAUGCUGGCCCUCUUGUUGUUCACUGCAGUGCUGGUGCUGGCAGAACUGGGUGCUUCAUUGUUAUUGACAUCAUGCUAGAUAUGGCAGAAAGAGAAGGCGUCGUAGACAUAUACAACUGCGUGAGAGAGCUUCGGUCUCGGAGAGUUAACAUGGUGCAGACUGAGGAACAGUAUGUAUUCAUCCAUGAUGCUAUCCUGGAAGCCUGUCUUUGUGGGGACACAUCUAUUCCAGCUUCUCAAGUUAGGUCUGUUUACUAUGAAAUGAAUAAACUGGAUCCUCAGACUAACUCCAGCCAGAUCAAAGAGGAAUUUAGGACUCUAAAUAUGGUGACUCCGACGCUGCGUGUAGAAGACUGCAGCAUAGCACUUUUACCACGAAAUCAUGAAAAGAAUCGCUGUAUGGAUGUUCUGCCUCCAGACAGAUGCCUGCCUUUCCUCAUAACGAUAGAUGGGGAGAGCAGUAACUACAUUAAUGCUGCACUGAUGGAUAGCUACAAGCAACCGUCAGCUUUUAUAGUUACACAGCAUCCCUUACCAAAUACUGUCAAAGAUUUCUGGAGACUGGUCCUAGAUUAUCACUGCACUUCAAUAGUUAUGCUGAAUGAUGUCGAUCCAGCACAGCUGUGUCCUCAGUACUGGCCAGAAAAUGGAGUACACCGACAUGGUCCUAUUCAGGUGGAGUUUGUAUCAGCUGAUUUAGAAGAAGACAUAAUCAGCCGGAUAUUCCGAAUUUAUAAUGCAGCCAGACCCCAAGAUGGCUAUCGAAUGGUACAGCAGUUCCAGUUCCUGGGAUGGCCCAUGUACAGAGACACUCCCGUUUCUAAACGCUCCUUCUUAAAGCUCAUCCGCCAAGUGGAGAAGUGGCAGGAAGAAUAUAACGGGGGAGAAGGACGCACAGUUGUACAUUGUUUGAAUGGAGGUGGCCGCAGUGGGACAUUUUGUGCAAUCAGUAUUGUUUGUGAAAUGCUUCGACAUCAGAGGGCUGUUGACGUAUUCCAUGCUGUGAAGACACUGAGGAAUAAUAAGCCUAACAUGGUGGACCUUCUGGAUCAAUACAAAUUCUGCUAUGAAGUGGCUUUGGAAUACUUGAAUUCUGGCUGAUAGCAUAACCAGCACAGGCAAAGAUCCUCCUUUCACCACCACAAACAAAGCAAGUCGCUUCAUGAUAUCUGUGUAAAUGAGGUGGAGACUUCUCAGUGUUAUGCUUAUACUGCUUUGUAUAAUUGGCUCUUUUUAAGAGCCCAAAAAGAUGUUUAUAAACCUGCUUGCACUGCCCAUUUUCCACUAUUAUGCUGCUGCUUGACACCCAUAUGAACGUACACCAAACCACAUGGCAGUUGUUGAACACUGUAUUCAUACAUAGCCUUUGAUGUGGUGAAGCAGCAUAGUCCUCUGGUAAAUAAGAGAGCACAAUUAUAUUCUUAUGAAGGAAUUUGUACUUUUCUGUUAUAUUUCGUUGCCUGUGAUUCUCAGUUAUUGUCACAGCCUAGUGUACAUUUCUGUUCUGUGGCGAAUGCUGUCUGGCAUUUUGAUAAUAUAUAAUUUUAGUUAUAUUUGUAUUCUAACACGUGCAUAAUAAAUGAAUCAUAUGUAGCUUAUAUGAACUAAUGGAAAGACACGUACCAAAUCAUGUUAACUUUGUUGAGUUGUAAUUUCUAUCCACUUUGUACCAUUUCAGAGAGAGAAUCUUGAUAGAAACACAGUUAGAAAAUGCAAAAUACAGGAUGCUCAGAUUAAUAUAUCCAAAGCUUUUUCAUUUGUUUAUAUUGUAAAUAUUUUUUGAUUUCAUCAAAUUAUUUAUUCAUUAAAAUGAAUUUUUUUUGUGAAGCACAGUGAGUGACAAUCAUUUUUAUUAAGCCCUGGAAAUGCUUACUGUAUGAUAGUGUAAACAUUUGUUUACCUUGUAUGAAUUCUCAGCUCAAUAAAUAAUUACAUACAUGAUAAAA